AUGGACGUAUGGGGCAGCCAGAGCGCGACUGGGGAGCAAUCAGUGGGCGAGGAGGAGGACUGGGAGCUCGCCGAGAGCGGGAAGGAUGCGCUCAUCGUGCUGCUCGACGUACGUAAGGUCAUGUUCACCCCGUAUCCGCACGCUGACGAGGCGAAGGCUCCGUCCACGUGGUUCCACGCGGUUGUGGAGCUGGUGAUCAAGCUGCUCAAGUCCAAAGUAGUCGCGAACGACAACUCCCAAUUAAGCGUUGUCUUCUUUGGGACGAAUAAGCGCGGAGAAGCAGGCACGCUGGAGCAAGUCUAUGAGCUUCAGCCAUUAGGCUAUCCGUCAGCACAGCGGAUCAAGGACUUACAGGCGCUGCUUGAAGCAGACGUACAAGCAGAAUACGAGUCCAUGGAGAACUCAGACAAGCUCUCAUUUAGCAAUGCGCUGUGGCAAUGUGGGAUCUCGUUUUCCAACGCGAACUUGAAGAAGAAAGACUCGCAGCGCAUCUGGAUUUUCACGAAUGAUGACAGUCCGCAGGGCCCAGAUGGAGAAGAAGUUGGGCGGAUCCAGAAGCAAGUUCAGAACCACACGGAGCUAAAGCGAACGUUGAACCUAUUCUACAUCACCCCGCCAGGGAAAGAAAGUUUCGACCUGUCCAAGUUCUACGGUUGCAGCUUCAAAGAUUUCUCGGCCGAUGCAAACGAAGAAGUUGUUGAAAACGAAGCGUCUUAUCAGCCAGCUUUUCCUGUCGGCUCUCUGGAUGAUCUGAUGGACGGGUCGCUGCGUAAGCGUUUCCGUAAGCGCCGACUGACGGCGUUCCCUCUCCACAUCACGAAGGGUGUGUCGAUUGGGGUGGAGCUUUACGCGUUGGUAGUUGUGCAGCGCAAGAACACCCCUGUGGCCCUUGAUGCAAGCACGAACACCCCGCUGAAAACAGAGACGAAGUGGCUUUGUGAAGACACUGGAGCCUACCUCACUCCCGAUCAGAUCAAAAAGUACAUCGACUACGGAGGCAAGCGCGUGUACUUCACACGGGACGACGUUGUGGAAAUUAAGCACUACGAUGCUCCAGGACUUCAGCUGAUCUGCUUUAAGCCGUUGAGCUCUCUCAAGUGGAACGAAAACAUCCGCUCCCCGUACUUUGUGUACCCUUGCGACGGCUACAUCGAAGGAAGCUCCACGGCCUUUAUGGCGAUCCUGAACUCAAUGGUUCGAAAGAAUAAGUUCGCCUUGGCGAGAUUGAUUGCGCGGAAAACAAGUGAACCUCGCCUCGUGGCACUCGUCCCCCAAGAGGAAGAGAAUGACGAGAUGGGUCAAGUGCAACCGUCAGGACUCAAUGUCAUUUUCUUGCCAUACCUGGAUGACAUUCGAGACAUUCCUGUCGAUCCCGAAAAGAUUGACGCUGCGAAGCACUUGAUUUCGACGCUGAAGUUGACGGAAGCACCUAGUUUCGAGAACCCAGAGCUGCAAAAGCACUAUGCUGCCAUUCAAGCGCUUGCCCUGGACGAGGAAGUGCUGCAAUUCGACGAAGCGAAAGACACCACCCUGCCCGAUGCCGAGGGGUUUGGCCAGGACGAAGACGCUAUCACAGCCUUCCGAGAAGUCUGCGGUGGAGAGCUGAUUGACGCGUCCACCAACGCUAAGCGCAAGGUCACGAAAGCAGGCAAACCUGAAGCGGGGGAGACGUUCGACAAGGAGGAGUGGGCCGCGCUGGUCGCCUCCAACGCCAUCCAAAAGAAGACCAUCCCUCAACUCAAGGCGUUCCUGCAUGCGCACGGCCUCGCAGCGGUCGGGCGGAAGGCCGACCUGGUUGACGCCGUGAAGCGCUUCAUGGAGGCGUGA